AUGGAGUUCACUCCGUCAAGUAGUAGCUUAAGCCACGUCUGGUUAGUGCCAUCGCCUUUAACUACCAGGACAGCACCAAUUCAGAACAUCUCAAGCCUCCAACCAACUCGGAGACUCUACGCCAACAUUCUCGUGGCAGUUUUACAAGCGGUGCAAUUCGGAUGGUCCACUUCGCAAAUGAACAACUCAAUUUUCAAUAACGAACAGGAUUGCAUCGCAAGACCCGUCGUACCCGGCACGUGCCUCAUGUUCCCCGGACAUACUAAGACAGAGUGGACUAUUGCCGUCAGCUCCUGGAUCGUAGGUGGUAUGAUCGGCAGUCUUUUGACCGGACGUGCCUCCAACAAGUUUGGACGAAAGCCUACCAUGAUGGCAAACUGCCUUUUCAUGCUUGCAGGUGGAGUCGUGCAGGCAUCUUCCAGCACCAUUACUAUAUUCACCGUUGGGCGUGUCUUCGCAGGCAUUGCAGCUGGUGGUUCGACCGCUGUUAUCCCUGGAUUUAUCGGCGAAAUCUGUCCGCCGCACCUCCGGAACAAGUUGGGUGUGUGUUUCCAGAUUUCCAUCACAUUGGGUCAUCUACUUGUUGCGAUCACCUUCUUCUUCGCCAGCACUAGUACUGGUUGGAGGUAUAUCGCAGGAUUCCCUAUUGUACUGGCAUUGCUUUUCUUGGGACUGGCACCUUUUGUUCUCGUGGAAAGCCCCGCGUGGUUGUUGAUGGCAGGUCAGCCGGUGCUUGCCGAGCUAGCGCUGGCUCAUCUCUAUGGUUCGGAGAACGUGCAUUUGAUAAAGACCUGGAUGGACCAGGACGAAGCGGCUCCUAGAGUGGGCAUUGGUAGUGAGUAUGUCAUGCCGAUGCAAGACUUGGCGAUGUCGAUGUCUCCAGAAACACCCAAGCAGCGCAACGUCACCCGACUGUUAUCACCUGCACUCAUUCGGCAGCUACUGGUAGCAAUUGGCGUGGCUGGAACCCAGCAGCUCACGGGUGUUAAUGCUGUCUUCUUUUACUCGUCUGGAAUCUUCAAGCAGGCGGGACUCGCAGACGGCCGCAUCGGUGUCUUGCUAGUCAAUUUUGUGAAUGUCCUACCGUCCUUGUUUUGCGGGCUGCUAGCUGCGCGUGUGGGUAAUCGCAUGCUCAUCUUGUGCGGAUUGGUGGGAAUGUUUUGUAGCGCAGUCGGCAUGACGGCUGCACUGGUUGGCCAUGUGCCUGCGCUUGCUAUCGUCUUUACAGCACUCUACGUUACAACGUUCAGUUCAAGUCUCGGACCGUUGGCAUGGGGAGUCAUGGCGGACCUUUUUCCGGACGAUGUUCGAGCCAUGGGAUGUUCCAUUUGUGUAGGUUGUAGCUGGCUGUGUAGCCUUGCCGUGGGUCUAUGCUAUCCGUAUGUUGCCGCUGUUUUCGGCAUCUAUAGCUUCGUGCCUUUCAUGUGUACCGUUACGAUCGCGUUCCUCUUUGUACAAAAUUUCGUGCCGGAGACGUAUGGUAAGACCAUACAAGAGAUUCAAGAUGAGUUUGACGCGCUACGAUGUAAGAAAAGCCGAGAUCAUAUUAACCAGAUUGCCGUACUAGAAUAA